GCGGGAGGCCGAGGAGGGAGCGCGCGGGUCUGAGGCGGCGGCGGCGGCGGAGAGGGGCCGGGCGGUGGAGCGGGCGGGAGGCUGAGAAGGCUCCCCUCGCGGGACGGGCGCGGGGACGGCUCCGGGGGGCGGGGGCCGGGGCCCGGGCCGGCUCGCGCAGGGGGUAUGAUGACCCGGCGGCGGGGCCCCGGAUCUCGUCUCCUCCGCCGCCUCCUCACGGCAGCCCCAGCUCGCGGCUGAGAACCAGAAGACACACCGGCGGUAUGGCAUCACAGCUGCAGGUGUUUUCCCCCCCAUCAGUGUCGUCGAGUGCCUUCUGCAGUGCGAAGAAGCUGAAAAUAGAGCCCUCUGGCUGGGAUGUUUCUGGACAGAGCAGCAACGACAAAUAUUAUACCCACAGCAAAACCCUCCCAGCCACACAAGGGCAAGCCAACUCCUCUCACCAGGUAGCAAAUUUCAACAUCCCUGCUUACGACCAGGGCCUCCUCCUCCCAGCUCCUGCAGUGGAGCAUAUUGUUGUAACAGCUGCUGAUAGCUCGGCCAGUGCUGCUACGUCAACCUUUCAAAGUAGCCAGACCCUGACUCACAGAAGCAACGUUUCUUUGCUUGAGCCAUAUCAAAAAUGUGGAUUGAAAAGAAAAAGUGAGGAAGUUGACAGCAACGGUAGCGUGCAAAUCAUAGAAGAACAUCCCCCUCUCAUGCUGCAAAACAGGACUGUGGUGGGUGCUGCUGCCACGACCACCACUGUCACCACAAAGAGUAGCAGUUCCAGCGGAGAAGGGGAUUACCAGCUGGUCCAGCAUGAGAUCCUUUGCUCUAUGACAAACAGCUAUGAAGUCUUGGAGUUCCUAGGUCGGGGAACAUUUGGACAGGUGGCUAAGUGCUGGAAGCGGAGCACCAAGGAAAUUGUGGCUAUUAAAAUCUUGAAGAACCACCCCUCCUAUGCCAGACAGGGACAGAUUGAAGUGAGCAUUCUUUCUCGCCUAAGCAGUGAAAAUGCUGAUGAGUAUAAUUUUGUCCGUUCUUAUGAGUGCUUUCAGCAUAAGAAUCAUACCUGCCUUGUGUUCGAGAUGCUGGAACAGAACUUAUAUGAUUUUCUAAAGCAGAACAAGUUUAGUCCACUGCCACUCAAGUACAUCAGGCCAAUCUUGCAGCAGGUGGCCACUGCCCUGAUGAAGCUCAAGAGCCUUGGUCUAAUUCAUGCUGACCUUAAGCCUGAAAACAUAAUGCUGGUUGAUCCAGUGCGCCAGCCCUACCGAGUGAAGGUCAUUGACUUUGGUUCUGCUAGUCACGUUUCCAAAGCUGUGUGCUCAACCUACUUACAGUCACGUUACUACAGAGCCCCUGAAAUUAUUCUUGGCUUACCAUUUUGUGAAGCUAUUGAUAUGUGGUCAUUGGGCUGUGUGAUAGCAGAGCUGUUCCUGGGAUGGCCUCUUUAUCCUGGUGCUUCAGAAUAUGAUCAGAUUCGUUACAUUUCACAAACACAAGGCCUGCCAGCUGAAUAUCUUCUCAGUGCCGGAACAAAAACUACUAGGUUUUUCAACAGAGAUCCUAAUCUGGGGUACCCGCUAUGGAGACUUAAGACACCUGAAGAACAUGAAUUGGAAACCGGGAUCAAGUCAAAAGAAGCUCGAAAGUACAUUUUUAAUUGUUUAGAUGAUAUGGCUCAGGUGAACAUGUCUACAGACUUAGAGGGAACAGAUAUGUUGGCAGAGAAGGCAGAUCGAAGAGAAUAUAUUGAUCUGUUAAAGAAAAUGCUAACAAUUGAUGCAGAUAAGAGAAUUACUCCUCUGAAAACUCUUAACCACCAGUUUGUGACAAUGACUCACCUUCUGGAUUUUCCACAUAGCAAUCAUGUUAAGUCUUGUUUCCAGAACAUGGAGAUCUGCAAACGGAGGGUCCACAUGUAUGAUACAGUGAGUCAGAUUAAGAGUCCCUUCACCACGCAUGUUGCUCCAAAUACAAGCACAAAUCUAACUAUGAGCUUCAGCAACCAGCUCAAUACAGUGCACAAUCAGGCCAGUGUUCUAGCUUCCAGUUCUACUGCAGCAGCUGCUACUCUUUCUCUGGCUAAUUCCGAUGUCUCCCUGCUAAACUACCAGUCAGCUUUGUACCCAUCAUCUGCAGCACCCGUCCCUGGUGUCGCCCAGCAGGGUGUUUCCUUGCAGCCUGGAGCUACCCAGAUUUGCACUCAGACAGAUCCAUUCCAGCAAACAUUUAUAGUAUGUCCACCUGCUUUUCAAACUGGACUACAAGCAACAACAAAACACUCUGGAUUCCCUGUGAGGAUGGAUAAUGCAGUGCCAAUUGUCCCCCAGGCACCAGCUGCUCAGCCACUACAGAUACAGUCGGGGGUUCUCACCCAGGGAAGCUGUACACCACUAAUGGUAGCAACUCUCCACCCUCAAGUAGCCACCAUCACACCGCAGUAUGCGGUGCCCUUUACUCUGAGCUGCGCAGCCGGCCGGCCGGCGCUGGUUGAACAGACUGCCGCUGUACUGCAGGCUUGGCCUGGAGGAACCCAACAAAUUCUCCUGCCUUCCACUUGGCAACAGUUGCCUGGGGUAGCUCUACACAACUCUGUCCAGCCCACUGCAGUGAUCCCAGAGGCCAUGGGCAGCGGCCAGCAGCUCACAGACUGGAGGAGUGCCCACUCUCAUGGCAACCAGUACAGCACUAUCAUGCAGCAGCCGUCCUUGCUGACGAACCACGUGACUUUGGCCACUGCUCAGCCCCUUAAUGUUGGCGUUGCCCAUGUUGUCAGACAACAACAAUCCAGUUCCCUCCCUUCAAAGAAGAAUAAGCAGUCUGCUCCAGUCUCUUCUAAGUCCUCUCUGGAUGUUCUGCCAUCUCAAGUCUAUUCUCUGGUUGGGAGCAGCCCCCUCCGUACCACAUCUUCCUAUAAUUCCCUAGUUCCUGUUCAGGAUCAGCAUCAGCCAAUCAUCAUUCCAGAUACUCCCAGCCCUGCUGUGAGUGUCAUCACCAUCCGCAGCGACACUGAUGAGGAAGAGGACAACAAAUACAAACCCAAUAGCUCUGGCCUGAAGGCAAGGUCUAAUGUCAUCAGUUACGUCACUGUCAAUGAUUCUCCAGACUCUGACUCUUCCUUGAGCAGCCCGUACUCCACUGAGACCCUGAGUGCUCUCCGGGGCAAUAGUGGGCCCCUUCCGGAGGGGCCUGGCAGAGUCGUGGGAGAGGGUCCUGGCACCCGCACCAUCAUUGUACCUCCACUGAAAACUCAGCUUGGUGACUGCACUGUAGCAACCCAGGCCUCAGGUCUCCUGAGUAGUAAGACCAAGCCAGUGGCUUCAGUGAGUGGGCAGUCAUCUGGAUGCUGUAUCACCCCCACAGGGUACCGAGCUCAACGCGGGGGGACCAGCGCAGCGCAGCCACUCAACCUUAGCCAGAACCAGCAGUCAUCAUCAGCUCCAACCUCGCAGGAGAGAAGCAGCAACCCUGCCCCCCGCAGGCAGCAGGCAUUUGUGGCCCCGCUCUCCCAAGCCCCCUACGCCUUCCAGCAUGGCAGCCCACUACACUCGACGGGGCACCCCCACCUGGCCCCAGCCCCUGCUCACCUGCCGAGCCAGCCUCAUCUGUAUACGUAUGCUGCCCCCACCUCUGCGGCUGCAUUGGGCUCCACCACCUCCAUUGCUCAUCUCUUCUCCCCGCAGGGCUCCUCAAGGCACGCUGCAGCCUAUGCCACCCAUCCGAGCACUCUGGUGCACCAGGUCCCUGUCAGUGUUGGGCCCAGUCUCCUCACUUCUGCCAGCGUGGCCCCUGCUCAGUACCAACACCAGUUUGCCACCCAGUCUUACAUUGGGUCUUCCCGAGGCUCAACCAUUUACACUGGAUACCCACUGAGUCCUACCAAGAUCAGCCAGUAUUCUUACUUGUAGUUGGUGAGCAUAAGGGAGGGGAGGGUUGAGAGUUCUUAAUGGGCUGUCAUGAGCCCCUCCCUUACCCUCUCCUGAAACUCCGUAGCCAGCAACUUGCUCCACAGGGGCCCACUGAAGCAGAAGGCUUUUCUCUGGGGACCCUGUCUCAGUAUUGACUGCAUUGUUGUAGUCUCCCAAAGUCUGCCCUGUUUUUUAAUUCUUUAUUUUUGUGACAGCAUUUUUGGUAUUUGGAAGAGUUCAGAUGCCCAUCGUCUGCAGUUACCAAGGAAGAGAGAUCAUUCUGAAGUUACCUUUGAAAAAUAUUUUCCCUCUCUGACUUGAUUUCUAUAAAUGCUUUUAAAAACAAGUGAAGUAUCUCUUUAUUUAACUUUAUUUUAUUGUAAUUCCUGGUCAGAGGAAACAUGCUGAUAGGAGGACUUGAAAUCUGGUAACAAGUAAGGAAAGGAAAACCAUUACUUUCUGCUUGUUUAAAAACCAAGACUUCAUUGCUUCUCUUAAGAGCAGCUUGCACAAGUCUGUAUUUUACUGUCUCGCAUUUCUCAGACUUUCACCUUUGCUAAUGGGACAUUUAAGCUUACAGUGUUUUAGUUUUGUUUUCAUGUCAUGUUAUAUUUAGUGGGAAAUUUUUAUUUUUGCAAAACUGGUUACAUACUACUCUGUGUUACUAUUGGGAUUCUCUCAGUUGCUCCUGUGUUUAUUAUAAAGUAGUGUUAAAAAAGGCAGCUCACCAUUUGCUGGUAACUUAGUGUGAGGGAAUCCAUACCUACCAAGAAAGCACCGGGUGUUCUUUUUAAAUGAAACCCUGUGCAUUCUUUUUAAAUUAUUUUAAAAAAGUCUUUCUCUGAUUCAGCUUCAAUUUUAUUCUUGGAAAAGCCAUUAAGGUGGUUAUUAUUGUAUGGUGGUGGUGGUUUUAUUAUAUGCAAGCUCUUUUUGUAUUAUGCGAUACUAGCAUUGAUGAGCUUUGCCUGAAGAUUAGUAUGAAUUUUCAAUAAUACACCUCUUUCUCUCUUUGCCUCAUCUCUCCCUUUGUUCUAUGUGAUUUAUUUGGGGAGAAAGCUAAAGGAUCUGAAAUCAGAUAAGAACGUUGUGUAUAGCUUUUAUAUUUAAAAGUAGCUUUCUUUGUAUGCCAGCAGCAAAUUGAAUGCUCUCUUACUAAGACUUAUAUAAUAAGUGCAUGUAGGAAUUGCAAAAAAUAUUUUAAAAAUUUAUUACUGAAUUUAAAAAUAUUUUAGAAGUUUUGUAAUGGUGGUGUUUUAAUAUUUUGCAUAAUUAAAUAUGUACAUACUGAUUAGAAGACUAUAACAAGCAAUUUUUCCUGCUAACCCAAAAUGUUAUUUGUAAUCAAAUGUGUAGUGAUUACACUUGAAUUGUGUAUUUAGUGUGUAUCUGAUCCUCCAGUGUUACCCCGGAGAUAAAAUUGAUGUCUCCAUUGUAUUUAAACCAAAAUGAACUGAUACUUGUUGGAAUGUAUGUGAACUAACUGCGAUUAUAAUAGAGCAUAUUACUGUAGUGCUGAGUGAGCAGGGGCAUUGCCUGCAAGGAGAGGAGACCCUUGGAAUUGUUUUGCACAGGUGUGUCUGGUGAGGAGUUGUUCAGUGUGUGUCUCUUCCUUCCCUUUCUCCUCCUUCCCUUAUUGUAGUGCCUUAUAUGAUAAUGUAGUGGUUCAUAGAGUUUACAGUGAGCUUGCCUUAGGACGGACCAGCAAGCCCCCGUGGACCCAAAGCUGUUCACUGGGAUUUAUCAGAACAGGAUUAGUAGCUGUGUUGUGUAUAUGCAUUGUUCUCAGUUUCCCUGCCGACAUUGGAAAAUAAAAACAGCAGCUUCUCUUUUUCACUCACCAUCUCUACCCUUUUCUGUUUUGGAUUCUCAGCUGUGUUCUCACAGAAGCAUUUUCCCCAUGUGGCUCUCUCACUGUGCAUUGCUACUUUGCUUCUGUGAGAAUUUAGGAAGCAGGUGAGAGGAGUCAAGUCAAUAUUAAAUAUGCAUCCCCCCGCCCUGUUUUUUUAAAUAUGUGCAAUCACUUUUAGAUGAUUGAUUAUUUUUCCUUUUCCCAUGUGGCAGUCCUUCCUGCGAAUAGUCAACAUUCCUAGUAAAAUAUUUGCUUGUUGAAAAAAAAACGCCUAACAGAUGUGUUUAUACCAAAGAGCCUGUUGUAUUGCCCACCAUGUCCCCAAUACUGUGAGGAGGAGUUUUGUGAUGCCGCUGGUGACCGGGAACUCACAGAAAGGUUUCUUAACCGGUGAAGAAUAUUAAGAAGGAACCAAAGCCUGUUGAGUCAUUGGGCUUUUGAGGUUUCUUUUUAACAACUUCUGUAUUCUUGGGGCCCUUCAAACUGUGAAAUUGUCCUUGUACUCUCAGCUCCUGCACGGAUCUGGGUCAAGAAGAGGGUACUGGGGAUGGCAAAGUUCCUGCCUGUAAAAGAUUUGGGGAAAGAAGGUUAACCCUAAGAUGUGGAUGUGUUCCAUCUGAACUGAAGGUUAUAGAUUUGAGGGAUACAUCUAGGACUGGUUCUUUGUAGAGAUGGUGUCAAGGAGGUGCAGGAUGGAGAUGGGAGAUUUCAUGGGACCUGGUCAGCAAGCUCUGUACCAGGUUGAACACCGAGGAGCUGUCAAGGUAUUUGGAAUUUCUUCAUUGGAAGGAGGAAGGGCUUUCAGGAUGGGGCAGAUAGUCAGAACAGCCUACCAGGAACAUGUUGAUGUUUUUCUGCUUUCUUUUCAUCAUUAUAUUGAGUUCUGUUUUCAGCACUGUAUUGGUCAAGAUACCCAAGCAAUAUGUACAGUUUCUGUCACUAGUAUUAUACAGUUUUCUGUGUCAGCGUGGGUGAUCUUUGUGUCUCUUUUUGCCAAACACAUUCUCAUUUUCUUGCUCAAAGGCAGAUCUGUGGAAGCUUUUUUUGUUCAUUAUCUUUCCUCUACAAGGGAUAAGUUUUGUUGUUUUUGUAAGAAAUGAGAUGCGGGGUGGGGGGGCGGGACACAAAACACUCCACUCCUGCGCCCCCCCACCCCCCACCUUCAGUCUGGUAAGUGGAUACCACUUAAGAUAGGAGUCUUCAUGGGGAGAAGACAAUAAUACUCAGAGCUUAUAUUGUUAUCAUAGUCACCUUACUAGCAGUGUGUGGCUUUAAGAAUUUUAGAGAUCUUCAGUUUUAAUUUUGCAAAUUGGCAUUUCAGAUUUACCAAGAUGAAAAUGCAUCCGUGUCUGUUGAAUGCGUAUGUGCUCAAUGUGGCCUAGAUUCUGUCUCUGGGGCUUAACAUUGCUAGCCCUGACAGGAUGGGGGAAGUCCCUUGAAUAAAGUGAGCAGCUGGCCCAGGUCACAGAGGCCUCACCUCAGACUUAAGGCUUAAGGCUUUAAGUCCUCUCAGAACUUGUAUUUCCAGCUUCCCCACUUCAGGGGUGAGAGAGAAAGUGGGAAGGUGCAGCCACUCUAGGCUCAUCAGGACACUUGAUCACUCCAGAGUUGGUCAGUGCUCAGCUAAAACCCCAGCCCCAGGAAUGAGAACACCAUUUAAACAGUUCUGGCCGCCCAUCGUCCUCCACUGGAGGGGCUAGCUUGACUGCCCUUAGCCAGGCAAGUGCAGUAAUGUGUGUUUUAUUCAGCGUUAUUACGCAGAAACCCACUGGUUAGGAUGGUUUGUUUUAGGACAGGAAAUGAAUUGCCUCUCAGUGACAGGAAUGACCCAAGCCUGCUUCCUAUUUCGAUUUUGUUUUAAACUGAUGGAUGGUGCAGCAUGUCUACAUGGUUGUUUGUUGCUAAACUUUAUAUAAUGUGUGGUUUUGAUUCAGCUUGAAAAAUAAUCUCACUACAUGUAGCAGUACAUUUUAUGUACAUUAUAUGUAACGUUAGUAUUUCUGCUUCGAAUCCUUGAAAUUGCAAUGGAAUUCCAACUUUAUUAAAUGUAUUUGAUAUGCUAGUUACUGUGUGCGAUUUAAACUUUUUUUGCUUUCUCCCUUUUCUGGUUGUGCGCUUCCUUUUACAAAAAGCCUCUAGAAACAGUUUCUGAGAAUUACUGAGCUAUGUUUGUAACGCAGAUGUACUUAGGGAGUAUGUAAAAUAAUCAUUUUAACAAAAAAAAUAGAUAUUUAAAAUUUAAUACUAACUACGGGAAAAGGGUCCAUUGUGUAAAACAUAGUUUAUCUUUGGAUUCAAUGUUUGUCUUUGGUUUUACAAAGUAGCUUGUAUUUUCAGUAUUUUCUACAUAAUAUGGUAAAAUGUAGAGCAAUUGCAAUGCAUCAAUAAAAUGGGUAAAUUUUCUGAUUCA